CGCCCCCUCCCUUCCGCUUCCGGUUUCUCUCAGUCAUUCGGUUCAGUACCCCGGUUCCGGCGCCGCCGGGUCUCGGUUCCGGGUUUGUUACCCCGGUGCCGGGACCGGGCCGGUCUCUCAGGCCGCCCCAGCCGCGCGCAGCAGCCCGAGGUGUCGGGACCCUCUGGACCCACCCUAGAGGGCCCCGCUGGGGGUCGGCUUCCGGUCCGGGCUCCCGGUCGCGCCGUCCUCGCCGCCCCAUGGAGUCCCAGUGCGACUAUUCGAUGUACUUCCCGGCUGUGCCGCUGCCGCCGCGCGCGGAGCUGGCAGGGGACCCGGGCCGGUACCGGGCGCUGCCCCGGCGCAACCAUCUGUACUUGGGGGAGACUGUCCGCUUUCUGCUGGUGUUGCGCUGCCGGGGCGGUGCGGGUUCCGGCGCCGGGGGCGGCCCGGGCUUGGGCUCCAGAGGAGCCUGGGCAGAACUGGCAACCGCCCUGGCCGCCCUGGCCUCGGUCAGCGCCGGAGGCGGGAUGCCGGGUGGCGGCGGUGCCGGCGACCAGGAUUCGGAGCCCCCAGGGGGAGGGGAUCCUGGGGGUGGGGGUUUGUUCCGAGGCUGCAGCCCCCUUCUCACCCACGGCCCGGGCCCUGCUACCUCAGGGGGAGCGACCACGCUGCCUGUGGAGGAACCGAUUGUGUCCACAGAUGAGGUCAUCUUCCCACUCACCGUUUCACUGGAUAGACUGCCCCCAGGGACACCUAAGGCCAAGAUUGUAGUGACUGUGUGGAAGCGGGAGGUUGAGGCACCAGAGGUCAGAGAUCAAGGCUACCUGCGAUUGCUGCAGACCCGAUCUCCUGGGGAGACUUUCCGGGGCGAGCAGAGCGCUUUCAAGGCCCAAGUGAGCACGCUGCUGACUCUGCUGCCCCCUCCGGUUCUGAGAUGCCGGCAGUUCACUGUGGCUGGAAAACACUUGACCGUGCUCAAGGUGCUGAACAGCUCCUCUCAGGAGGAAAUCUCCAUCUGGGAUAUCCGAAUCCUCCCCAACUUCAACGCCAGUUAUCUACCUGUCAUGCCCGAUGGCUCUGUGCUGCUGGUGGACAAUGUCUGUCACCAGUCUGGGGAAGUCUCCAUGGGCUCCUUCUGCCGCCUACCGGGGACCUCUGGCUGCUUCCCCUGCCCACUGAAUGCCCUGGAGGAACACAACUUCCUGUUUCAGCUGCGAGGGGGUGAGCAGCCCCCUCCAGGGGCCAAGGAGGGCCUGGAAGUUCCCCUGAUUGCUGUGGUUCAGUGGUCCACCCCAAAGCUGCCCUUCACUCAGAGCAUCUAUACCCACUACCGCCUGCCCAGUGUCCGCCUGGACCGCCCGUGUUUCGUGAUGACCGCUUCUUGUGAGUCCCCUGUUCGGACCUACGAGCGUUUCACUGUCACCUACACUUUGCUCAACAAUCUCCAAGACUUCCUUGCUGUGAGGCUCGUGUGGACCCCAGAGCAUGCACAGGCUGGAAAGCAGCUGUGUGAGGAGGAGCGCCGGGCCAUGCAGGCUGCCCUGGACUCCAUCGUCUGCCACACGCCCCUCAACAACCUCGGCUUUUCCCGGAAGGGCAGUGCUCUCACCUUCAGUGUGGCCUUCCAGGCUCUGAGGACGGGGCUCUUCGAGCUAAGCCAGCACAUGAAACUGAAGCUGCAGUUCACCGCCAGCGUGUCCCACCCUCCACCCGAGGCCCGGCCUCUCUCCCGCAAGAGCAGCCCCAGCAGCCCUGCUGUCCGGGACUUGGUGGAGAGGCAUCAGGCUAGCCUGGGCCGCUCCCAGUCCUUCUCCCACCAGCAGCCUUCCCGAAGCCACCUCAUGAGGUCGGGCAGUGUGAUGGAGCGCAGGGCCAUCACGCCCCCUGUGGCCUCUCCUGUUGGCCGCCCCCUCUACCUGCCCCCGGACAAGGCUGUGUUGUCUCUGGACAAGAUUGCCAAGCGCGAGUGCAAGGUCCUGGUGGUGGAACCUGUCAAGUAGCAUCGUGCCAGCUCUGUUCCCUCUUACACUCCAGAGACCCAGUGCCCCCAGAGGGGAUCCCUGCUCCCGGGCUGUGCCUCCCCUGGGAUGCCUCCCAGACGGGGGUGAAGAGGCCUGGCAGAGCUGCCUGUCUGUGUCUGCUGAUCAGGGACGGGGGAAAAGCUGUGAAGUGGGCGGGCAUGGCUGGGACUAAGCCACCAGUAUUCCCCGAGUUCCUGUGGGGGGGGCUGGCCCCACCCCUAGGCCAGGGCAAGGGUUUCCAGAGCUCCCUUGCCCCCCGCCCUUUACCCUGGUUCUAAGUUUACAAAAUAUCUUCCUCAUUCCCGUUGGGAAUUCCCUGUUGAGUUCUUUCCCACCUCUGACAUUCCCUCCCUCCCUCCUGCAGGGCUGAGAUUAGAGGGUGGUGAUGGCUAAGGGCCCCUGACAGUGACCUUCCUGUCUCAGGGGUUGGGGACAGGGCCAGGCAGGUGGCCUCCUGCCCCUCAUGUUUACGUUUGCAGCCUGAAGCACUUUAAGUUGUUGUGGGAUUUUUUUUUUUUUUUUUUUUUUUGGUCUGUUCCUGUAACUUAUUCUCCAACUAUUGCUUCCAACUGAAAUAAGACUAUUAAAUGCCUGUUCAGGAGGGAGAAA